CUAGACUUUAGCCACGCCCCACAGAAUUUCGCCGCGUGUAGACCCCAGAACCUGAAAGAAGAUCGAGCCAGUAGUAGGCGAUGACUGAGCGGUACUCCUUCAGUCUAACGACUUUCAGCCCGUCUGGGAAGUUGGUUCAGAUCGAGUAUGCCUUGCAGGCGGUAGCGGCUGGUGCUCCGGCCGUGGGCAUCAAAGGUAAGGCAACACAGCACCUCCAUAGUUUUCAGUGCAACCUCUGA